AUGAAAUCCUCUGUCAUACAGCAGAAUGCCGAGGUAAAUGUGAAAUCCUCUGUCAUGCAGCAGAAUGGCGAGGUAAAAGUGAAAUCCUCUGUCAUACAGCAGAAUACCGAGGGAAAGGUGAAAUCCUCUGUCAUACAGCAGAAUGUCGAGGUAAAAAUGAAAUCCUCUGUCAUACAGCAGAAUGCCGAGGUAAAAGCGAAAUCCUCUGUCAUACAGCAGAAUGGCGAGGUAAAAGUGAAAUCCUCUGUCAUACAGCAGAAUGCAGAGGUAAAGGUGAAAUCCUCUGUCAUACAGCGGAAUGCAGAGGUAAAAAUGAAAUCCUCUGCCAUACAGCGGAAUGCCGAGGGAAAAGUGAAAUCCUCUGUCAUACAGCAGAAUGUCGAGGUAAAAAUGAAAUCUUCCGCCAUACAGCGGAAUGCCGAGGGAAAAGUGAAAUCCUCUGUCAUACACCAAAGUGUCGAGGUAAAAGUGAAAUCCUCUGUCAUAAACCUAAGUGCCGAGGUAAGGUGA